AUGGUUGGCCCGGGCUACUACAAGGGUAACCGCACAGGUUCUAUGGGCUUUUUUGGGCGGAAAAAGGGCAGAUAUGUGAUCGACUGGACCAAAGUGCGAACAUACGUUGUCCCCGAGGGGCUUUCCGAAUUCAAGGUUGGUGCCCUUGCACCGCUUACACCAUUCGUGACUCGCCGCAUGGAGCCGACACGGACUAUUUUUACCAAAACAGUUCAAUCCGCAGAUGGCAGGGACGUGGUUGUUGGAAGAGCCUACGAAGGAAAAGACUUUCUACAGGAGUGGGUGGCGGAGAACGAUGAGGAGGUUGCUGAACUCGACCGACGGGAAAAGGAGCUUAACGAGCAAUCCGAAACUAAGAAGGAUGUAUGA